CCAAAGGCACCGUUGGUUUCGCUCGCGAAGCCGGCUCGACCGACCGAUCGAUCAAAGCAUCGGCGUCCGCGCCGACCGAAACCGACGCAUCUCAAUUCUCAAUAAAACCCCCGUCGGCCGAGGGAAUCCAUUCGUCAUCACCGGCAGUUGUUCCACUCCAACCGCCUCUCUCUCGUGCGCCCGCGCGUGUCCCUCGCCACUCGCCAGCCGCUCCUCCUCGCCCCUUGUGCGUGCCCGGCGUCGCUCCCUCGUGCGCCUCCGGAUCCGCGGCUCUCGGAGAGAGAGAGGCGGUGGCUGGUCGCUUGCGGUAGGAGGAGAAUUCGCUGCGGGUCGUCGUCGGCGCGAUGGUUUCCUUCGAGAUGAACGACCGCAAGAAGAUUGGGCUAGGCUUGACUGGAUUUGGAGUUCUCUUCUCAUUCCUUGGGAUCAUUAUGCUGUUUGACAAGGGAUUCCUGGCAAUGGGGAAUAUUCUCUUCGUUUCUGGCGUCUUACUGACCAUUGGGCUGAAGCCAACCGUGCAAUUCUUCACCAAGCCUAAGAAUCACAAGGGUUCAAUCUCUUUCGGGUUUGGCUUUUUCCUGGUCCUCAUUGGAUGGCCUGCCUUAGGAAUGAUGGUGGAGUCAUACGGUUUCAUCAUGCUCUUCAGCGGUUUCUGGCCAACUGCUGCUGUUUACCUGCAAAAGAGUCCUUCCUUCGGUUGGAUAUUCCACCAUCCCUUUUUGACUUCGCUGAUCACUCGGUUCAGGGGAAGACGGGUCCCGGUGUGAUUCGGCUGGCUGCUGGAUCGUCCCCAAAGCAUAUCAAAUCGCCUGUACAGAAGUAGACCGAUCGACAUAUGCAUUCUGUUCGUUUGUUAUUCGUUGAUUCUACCCAGUUUAAAGAGAGACGAAAAGGAAGUCGUUGCUGCUGGUAUGUGGAUCUUACUACGCUGCUGCCAGUAGUCUGUCUCAACGUAGGGUAACUAAUCAGUCUUUCUGCAAGAAGGCAUUUCUUGGCUGUUAAUAAGUAGGUUGAUAGAUGAUGGUGAUAGCUUUGGUACUACCUCUUUUCUGAAUGCCGAUGACUAGGCAGGAGUUGUGAACUGGUUUGGGAAAACCAGCCGUCCUGUGAGAAAGUCAUGCUACUCCUAUGUUUUUGCUAAACAUGACUUCUUGUGAAUCUGUGUA